AUGUCACUCACCUGAGAGAAAUGAGGAAACAGGCUGUUCUUCUUUCUCAGUAAAGAGAGAUGCACAGACGAUCAGACUGAGUUCAGACCAAACUAGCAGCUUCCUCUGAGUGAGUCCAGCUACAGGAGAGAAAAGUGGAAAACUCCAACACUGCUGCUUCAAGCUGCUGACGCUCCACACACUGAAUGUGAGUUUGAGCAAAAACAUGACUCAAAGGAAGUUUCAGUGAAGGUCGUAGAGGAGGGAGGGGAGCCAGGACUGACUGUACUUCCUGUCUGCUGUUUUCAGCUUCACUCACAGACUCAAUGGCUUCCAGAUCAGAGGAGGAUCUCUGCUGUCCGGUCUGUCAGGAGGUCUUCAGAGAUCCUGUUCUUCUGUCAUGUAGCCACAGCUUCUGUAAAGACUGUCUGAAGACAUGGUGGGAAAAGAGAACAACACAUGAGUGUCCAGUUUGUAACAGAAGAUCUUCAAAGGAAGAUCCACCUUUAAACCGAGCUUUAAAGAACCUGUGUGAGUCGUUCUUACAGGAGAGAGAUCAGAGAGCUUCAGAGGCUCUCUGCAGUCUGCACUCUGAGAAACUCAAACUCUUCUGUCUGGACCAUCAGCAGCCAGUGUGUGUCGUCUGCUGUGCCUCAGAAAAACACACCAAGCACAGAUUCAGACCCAUCGAUGAAGCUGCACAACAACACAAGAAGGAACUUCAGGAAACUCUGGAGCCCUUAAAGAAGAAGUUAAAGGUUUGUGAUGAAAUUCAAGUGAAGUUUGAUCAAACAGCAGAACACAUUAAGGUCCAGGCCCGACACACAGAGAGGCAGAUUAAGGAGCAGUUUAAGAAGCUUCACCAGUUUCUAGCAGAGGAAGAGGAGGCCAGGCUGGCUGCACUGAGGGAGGAAGAGGAGCAGAAGAGUGGGAUGAUGAAGGAGAAGAUGGAGGCUCUGAGCAGAGAGAUAGCAGCUCUUUCAGACACAGUCAGAGCCACAGAGGAGGAGCUGAGAGCUGAAGACGUCUCAUUCCUGCACAACUACAAGGUUGCAGUGGAAAGAGUCCAGUGCUGCCCCCUGCUGGAUGAUCCACAGCUGCCCUCAGGAGCUCUGAUAGACCAGGCCAAACACCUGGGCAACCUGACCUUCAACAUCUGGAACAACAUGAAGGACAUGGUCUCCUACACUCCUCUCAUCCUGGACCCAAACACUGCUCAUCCAGAACUCAUCCUGUCUGAAGAUCUGACCAGUGUGAGAGAAAGAGAGAAGCAGCAGCUUCCUGAUAAUCCAGAGAGGUUUGAUCGUUACAGCUCUGUCCUGGGCUCUGAGGGCUUUAACUCAGGGACUCACAGCUGGGAUGUUGAAGUUGGAGACAGUAGGGAGUGGGACCUGGGUGUUUUAGCGGAGUCUGUGCAGAGGAAGGGAGACAAACUGUUUGGAUUAUGGAUAAUAUGGUUUCAUGUAGGUAAAUACUACACACUCUCACCAUCAGCUAGAUCCACUGCUCUCUCAGUACGGAAGAAGUUCCAGAGAAUCAGAGUGAAGCUGGACUGGAACAGAGGAAAGCUGUCGUUCUCUGAUCCUGAUACUAACACACGCAUACACACAUUCACACACACUUUCACUCACAGGAUGUUUCCAUAUAUUGGCACUGUGGAUAGUAAAGUGAAGGUGUUGUCAUUGAAGGUGUCAGUGUCAGUGGAGCAGAUGAGUUGAGGAUGAUUGUUAAAAUGAAUUGUUAAAUGUUGUCAUUUUUAUGCUUACCAUCUCUACAUUGUUUCAAACUGUGUAAACAAAGACAUGCCUUUGUUCCCCUCCCCAGCCUGCCGAUGGUGGGGGAGGCUGUGUUUUAUCACACACACAUCCAUGUGAAGAUUCUGUUUGUUGUUUGGUAAACUUCCUGCCCUUUUAUGGGUUCACCUGUGUUGUGUAUGGUGAACCAGUACAGGAAUCGAGCCAUAUGUUGGGUGUGGGGGAGAUUACCCUCUUUUGACCAAGGAUGUUGUUAAAAACAUUCUCACAUGCACACACACACACACGUUCUUGCACAUGCAUAGAAAUGCAUACACAUGCACACACAUACACAUAGUGCCUUGUCUUUUAGAACCAUUGGGGGGUUUUACGGUGGGAGGUGCUUGUGUUGUGUUGUGUUGUGUAAACUGUAACUGUCAUGGAAAUAAAUAGCUGCGAGGAGGACUACACUCUGAAGGAGUUGGGCUGGAGACAGAUGAGGAGCGUUAAGCUCCAGAGCCUGGUUCUGACCAAGCCUUCCCUCGCUAGCGAGUAAAAGACCGGUUGACGAUGUUCUGUCUUGUCUUCGUCCUUCACGAGAAUAAGUUUCUAAACUAACGGGGUCUGUGGAAGCGCAGACUCAACAAUGAUGAUAUUUCUAAUGUUGUUUCCUGUCAGUGAAUUGAAGCUGUUAAACUGCAGCUGUCCUCCUGCUGCCUCGUUGUUCCA